GUUAGAACGCCCAAGACAAAACAGCGUGGGCGGGAGCCGGAGGAGGUAUAUCGGAAAAUUUCCCCCGCUACGAGGGCGGUUACUUCGGCUUGCGUCGAGUACAAGUAGCCCGCUAGAGCGGGAAGCUGAAAAUUAGCGAAGAUCCUCUUCCCUGUGUCGGGAACUCCGUGACAGCCCCUUGCUAGGGUUUCUGAGAUUAUUCUCCGGUUUCUCUUCCUUCCUGUUCUGGAGAUCCUGGAAUCGUUUGUUCUUGAAGCGUGCUUUUGUUGGCCUGGUCGGUGCUGCUCCUCCACGUCGCUUGUUCCAGUUAUUGGUGCUCGUAUGACGCCAUGGUUGGAGUUUCCUUGAGACCUGAGGGUCAUCUCCCUGCGAUUUGCUGAGCGUUUUGAAUUUGGCGCUCAAUGGCGUCCUUAGACGGGCAGCGCAAUUGCGUCCAGGCGAUGGAUGCUAAGCCAAAUAUUCAUAAGGGAUCCAAAGUUUGGGUUGAAGAUAGAGAACAUGCAUGGGUGGAAGCUGAAGUUCUCACUGUUAGUGGUAUGCAUGUCUCCUUGGUGACAGUUUCUGGAAGCAAGGUUUCUGCUUCUUUAAAGCAGGUGCUUCUGAGAGAUCCAGAAACUGAAUUUGGUGGAGUUGAUGAUAUGACCAAAUUAGCAUAUUUGAAUGAACCUGGUGUUCUACAUAACCUUGCUAGAAGAUAUGCACUGAAUGAUAUUUACACAUACACUGGUAGCAUCCUAAUUGCUGUAAAUCCAUUCACAAAGCUUCCUCAUCUCUAUAAUGUGCAUAUGAUGGAGCAAUACAAGGGCAAGCCACUCGGUGAAUUGAGUCCUCACGUUUUUGCCGUAGCUGAUGCUGCAUACAGAGCUAUGAUGAAUGAAGGGAGGAGCCAGUCAAUUUUGGUUAGUGGAGAAAGUGGGGCAGGGAAAACGGAGACUACAAAAUUGAUAAUGCAAUAUCUUACUUAUGUGGGUGGUCGUGCUGCUGGUGAUGAUCGUACAGUGGAGCAGCAAGUUCUUGAAUCAAAUCCCCUGUUAGAGGCCUUUGGUAAUGCAAAAACGGUCAGGAAUGACAAUUCAAGUCGCUUUGGAAAAUUUGUUGAAAUCCAAUUUGACUUAAGUGGUAGAAUCUCUGGUGCUGCAAUAAGAACCUACCUCUUGGAGCGAUCACGGGUGGUGCAAAUAACAGACCCUGAAAGGAAUUACCAUUGCUUUUACCAAUUAUGUGCUUCUGGAAAGGCUAAAGGGGCUCUCCUACAGGAUGCUGAAAAGUACAAGGUUGGAAAUCCCAGCUCAUUUUAUUAUUUGAAUCAGAGUAAAACCUAUGAGCUAGAUGGAGUUAAUAAUGCAGAAGAGUACUUGAAGACAAGGAGGGCAAUGGAUAUCGUGGGCAUUAGCCUUGAAGAUCAGGAAGCAAUAUUUCGAACUCUGGCUGCUAUCCUACAUCUUGGAAACAUUCAAUUUUCUCCUGGUAGGGAGCAUGAUUCGUCAACUAUUAAGGAUAACAAAUCUAGCCUUCAUUUGCAGAUGGCAGCUGAUCUAUUUAAGUGUAAUACCAAACUUUUGCUUGCGACAUUGUGUACACGCUCAAUACAGACUCGUGAAGGCAAUAUCAUAAAAGCUCUUGAUUGUAAUGCUGCAGUGGCCAGUCGAGAUGCAUUAGCAAAGACAGUUUAUUCUCGCUUAUUUGAUUGGCUAGUUGACAAAAUCAACAAGUCAGUCGGGCAAGAUCCUGAUUCUGUGGUGCAGAUUGGAUUGUUGGAUAUAUAUGGGUUUGAAUGCUUCAAGAAGAACAGUUUUGAACAAUUUUGUAUAAAUUUUGCCAAUGAAAAACUUCAGCAGCAUUUCAAUGAGCAUGUGUUUAAGACAGAGCAAGAGGAGUACUCAAAUGAGAAGAUCAACUGGAGCUAUAUUGAAUUUAUUGACAAUCAGGAUGUCUUAGAUUUGAUUGAAAAGAAACCUAUUGGGAUCAUAUCUCUACUGAAUGAAGCAUGCAUGUUUCCGAAGUCAACACACGAGAGUUUCUCUACCAGGCUGUUCCAAAGCUUUCGUGGAAACCCUAGGAUUGAAAAGCCAAAGUAUUCACCUACUGAUUUUACUAUCUCUCACUAUGCAGGCAAAGUGACAUAUCAAACUGAAUCUUUUCUUGAUAAGAAUCGGGAUUAUGUUGUUGUGGAGCAUCACAACCUAAUGUCAUCAUCAAAGUGCACUUUUAUUGCUGGACUUUUCCCUUCAUUACCGGAAGAAUCUUCCAAGUCGUCUUACAAAUUCUCAUCAGUUGCUACUAAAUUCAAGCAACAACUUCAAGCAUUGAUGGAAACAUUGAAGUCUACAGAGCCUCACUAUGUUCGCUGUAUUAAACCAAACUCUUAUAGUCUGCCUCAGAAAUUUGAGAAUCAGAGCGUACUCCAUCAGUUGCGAUGUGGGGGUGUUCUUGAAGCUGUGCGGAUAAGUCUUGCUGGUUACCCAACCAGGAGGACUUAUGCAGAAUUUUUGGACCGAUUUGGAAUUCUGGGCCCAGAAUUUCUGGAUGGAAGUUAUGAUGAAAAGGAUGUGGCAGACAAGCUUCUUCGAAAGCUGGGACUUGAAAAUUACCAACUGGGUAGAAGUAAAGCUUUUCUUAGAGCUGGCCAAAUUGCUGUUUUGGAUGGUAAACGCGCUGAGGUCUUGGAUAAUGCAGCGAAAGUUAUCCAAGGGUGUUGGCGUACAUUUGUUGCAUACAAAGACUUUAUGUUGAAGAAAUCUGCUGCCAUUAAGCUUCAAGCUGCAUGUCGUGGUUUUGUUGCACGAAGCAUUUAUGUGGCUAAGAGAAAAUAUUUUGCAUCCAUUGUAAUUCAGAAAUAUGUUCGUGGUUACUUGCUCAGGAAUGCCUAUUUGCAAGUUUAUUCAUCUGUUCUUGUCGUACAAGCCUGUAUUCGUGCUUUGUCUGUGCGCCAAAAAUUCCUAUUUGUAAAGGAGCAAAGAGCGGCUACACUGAUUCAGGGUGCUUGGAGGAUGAGGAAAGCCUAUUCCUUUUUCCACAGAUAUCGUACUUCAGUAAUAGCAAUUCAAUGUGCUUGGAGGCGGAAGCUUUCUAAAAGAGAACUUCGAAGGCUUAGACUGGAAGCAAAUGAAGCCGGUGCACUGCGUGAAGCUAAAACUAAGCUUGAGAAGCGGUUGGAAGACCUUAGUUUGCGCCUUCAACUGGAGAAAAGAUUGCGAGCCUCAACUGAAGAGGUGAAGAUGGUGGAAAUGACAAAGCUUCAGAAUGCCUUGCAAGAUUUGAAACAUGAACUGGAUGAUGCUAAAUUAAAUUUAGCUGAAGAAUGUAAGAAAAACGUGGUGCUUCAAAGAGAUCUAGAGUAUGUAGCAAAGGAAAAGAAAUCAUUGGAUACAAAACUUGUUUCCAUGAUAGAAGAAAGGAAAGAGAACUUGUCCUUGAAGGGUUUGGUUGACUCUUUGCGCGAGAAAAAUAUGAUUUUAGAGAAUGAGCUUCUUCUGGCUCAAAGAAAUAUUGAUGAAAAAGAACACAAAAUGCAUGAAGCAGAGUCCAAAUGCUUACAACUUCAGCAGAACAUGCAAAGUCUUGAGGAGAAGUUGUUGAACCUGGAGGAUGAGAAUCGUGUCCUGCGUCAAAAAGCAUUGAGCAUUUCUCCUGGUACCAGGCAGGCAACACUUGGAGUUGCUAAAUCUUUUCUAGAGGGGUACCUUGAGAAGCAUGAACUUCCAAUGGUAGAUCGGAAGGAAUUUUUUGAAUCACCAACCCCUUCUCGAAUUAUUAGAGCUGCUCCACUUGCUCAGACAGACAGACGGUCGAAAGUGGGCAGUGAGAGGCAUCAGGAAAAUCAGGAGUUUGUUCUGAGGUGUGUUAGAGAGGAUUUGGGGUAUAUAAAUGGCAAACCUGUAGCAGCUUGCAGCAUUUUCAAAUGCCUUCUACGGUGGCAUGCCUUUGAAGCAGAAAGGACCGUUAUUUUUGACCGCAUAAUUGAGGCCAUAAAUGAUGUCCUUGAGGUUGAGGAUGAGAAGAAAAUUCUCCCUUACUGGCUGUCCAAUGCUUCGGCUCUUUUGUGCCUCCUGCAAAAGAACUUAAAAACAAAUGGCUUUCUUUCAACUCCCCAGCGUCGAACAGGUUCGACAGGAUUGAUUGGAAGGAUGGCCCAGAGCUUCAAAUCUCCUUCAAAUGCUAGUUCUUUGCUACUUAAUGGAACUCGUGAUUGUGCAUUUCAUGUAGAGGCCCGAUAUCCUGCUAUACUCUUUAAGCAACAACUUACUGCUUGCUUAGAAAAGAUCUUUGGCUUGAUUCGUGAUAAUGUUAAAAAGGACAUACUGCCUAUGUUAAGUCUCUGCAUUCAGGCACCUAAAACUGCAAAGGUACCUCCUGGAAAGACAUCAAGAUCAUCACUUGGCUCUUCUCAGCAGUCUCUCAGCAGUCAUUGGGACAAUAUCAUCAAAUUUUUGGAUUCAUUAAUGGAUAGUUUACGGGAAAAUUAUGUGCCCUCUUUUCUGAUACGCAAACUAAUUACUCAAGUCUUCUCUUUCAUUAAUAUACAACUUUUUAACAGCCUUUUGUUGCGGCGUGAAUGCUGCACUUUUUCCAAUGGGGAAUAUGUAAAGUCUGGUCUUGCGGAACUGGAGCGUUGGAUUUCUGAUGUGACAGAAGAAUAUGCAGGAACCUCUUGGCAUGAGCUCAAAUACAUCAGACAGGCUGUUGGAUUUUUGGUGAUACAUCAGAAGAGGAGGAAGACACUCAAUGAAAUUAGACAGGAUCUUUGUCCUGCUUUGACCAUCCAACAACUUUAUCGAAUCUGCACCUUGUACUGGGAUGAUAAGUAUGGAACUCAGAGUGUGUCAAACGAGGUUGUUGCUCAAAUGAGAGAAAUUGUGAGCAAGGACUCUUCAAAUUUCAUGACAAAUUCUUUUCUGUUGGAUGAUGAUCUAAGCAUUCCGUUCUCUGCCGAAGAUCUAUCCCAAGCCAUCCCAUCUGUUGAACCUGAAGAUGUUGAAAUGCCAUCGUUUUUGCAUGAGAUGCCAUCUCUUCAUCUCCUUCUACAUCACUGAGAAGUGGGUUCAAAUGUUGGCGUAAUCGCUUUGCAGCUCCCCAUUGUACAUAUCCCGUACGGUCCUUUUGCAGAUGGACCUUGUAUAGAAGAAAUCCAUUGUUAAACCAUAUGACGAAGGCCUUGGGAGAAGUCUAUUGAACAUGGUGUAACGGCUGUUGUUGUAUAGCAGUUGAAGAUCUGUUCCCUGAUGUGUAUCUUAGGAAAUUUUUUAAAGAAUUUAAUCUGCAUAUUUUCUGUAUUCGUCAUUCAAACCGUUUUAUUUUGAUGUACUUUCACAGUUUGGGUAACCUAAGUUGCCCUUGGAAGCGAAUGUAACUGUAAAUUAUAUGAAAACUAUUAUUGUAAUUGCAACUCUCUGUUUCUUCCUC